AUGUUACGUCUCGCCGCUUUCCGCUCUCCUGCGCCUGCUAAGCGCAUGUUCUCAGCUGCUGCUGCUGGGUCUGAGGUGAUUGGUAUUGAUUUGGGUACAACAAACUCCUGUGUGGCUGUUAUGGAGGGCAAGACUGCGCGUGUGAUUGAGAACUCGGAAGGUGCGCGUACAACGCCCUCCGUUGUAGCAAUUUUGGACAAUGACGAGCGCCUUGUGGGUAUGCCUGCUAAACGUCAGGCUGUAACCAAUCCAGAGAAUACGUUUUACGCUGUGAAACGUUUAAUUGGCCGUAAAUUUGAUGAUAAAGAGACCCAAGAAGUAGCGAAGGUUGUGUCGUACAAGAUUGUGAAAGGAAACAAUGGAAAAGAUGCUUGGGUUGAAGCAAAGGCUGCUGCUCUUGCCUAUGGCAUGGAUAAAGCCGAUGGCAAAGUCAUUGCUGUAUUUGACCUGGGUGGUGGCACCUUCGAUGUGUCGAUCCUGGAGAUCUCGGGUGGCGUGUUUGAGGUCAAGUCCACAAAUGGAGAUACGCUAUUGGGUGGCGAAGACUUUGAUGAGGAGCUGUUGCGCUACCUUGUUGGUGAGUUUAGGAAGGAAACGAGCAUUGAUCUAUCGGGCGACAACCUUGCCAUGCAACGUCUGCGUGAGGCCGCGGAAAAGGCCAAACGCGAACUGGAUGGCCUGGCCCAGACAGAUAUUAGUUUGCCGUUCAUUACUGCCGAUGCCUCUGGUCCUAAGCACUUGAACAUGAAGAUCACGCGCUCCACCUUUGAAAAGUUGGUUGGUAUCCCGCCUGCCCCACGUGGUGUGCCACAGAUUGAGGUGAGCUUUGAUAUUGACGCAAACGGAAUUGUAAACGUCGGUGCCCGCGACAAGGCGACGGGGAAGGAGCAGAACAUCGUGAUUCAGUCGAGUGGUGGACUGUCGGAGGCUGAGAUCGAGAAGAUGGUGGCUGACGCCGAGGCCAAUGCGGCCGCGGACCAGCAGCGCAAGGAGCUGAUUGAGGCUAAGAACGACGCUGAUUCGGCACUGUACACGACGGAGAAAACUCUGGAUGAGCACAAGGACAAGAUUGAUGCCGAGACGGUGGAGAAGGUCAAGGCUGCUUUGGCUAACCUGCGCACCAAGUCGGAGGGCGAAAACACGGAGGAGAUUAAGUCUGCGCUUGAGGAAGUGCAACAAAUGUCCCUCAAGAUUGGUGAGGCCGUAUACAAGUCGCAGCAGGGUGAGGGUGCAACCAGCAGCGAUGAUAACAAAGAUGAUAACGUGCACGAUGCUGAGUUUAAGGACAAGAAGGACUAA